AUGAAGUUCUCAUUUGCUACUGCUACUUUAGGAUUAAUCGCUAUUGCUCAAGCUACAUUGACAUCUUACUCUGGCUACUCGGGCUAUUCUGGGGAUGAUGAUGACAAGUUUAAACAUGAAAGAAACGGCAUUGAAACUUUGAGAGGUAAAUUUGCGUUAGCAGUCAAGGAAUUACUGGGCUAUGAACAUGGUAAAAAUAAGGAUAGAGGGUUGCAUAUUGUUUAUGAAAUUGAUGAUGGUCAAUUACAAUAUGGUGAUAGAAAAGAUUACAUUUAUUAUCCAUUUAGAAAUGAAAACAAUGAAGAAGAAUGUGAAGAUGAAGAUGAUGACGACCACAAGAAAAAGAAGAGACCACAUAAAUAUGGUGGCAAGUCUGAUGAUGAUGAUAACAAAAAUUGGAAACGUGGUGAUUCUGAUUCCGAUGAUAACAAUGAUAUCAGAUUCCUUACCAUUGAUUACAAUGAUAAAUAUGAUUUCUUUACUUUGACAAAUACUGUAUUACACGAUAAAAGAGGUGCUACUGGUGAAAUUGCUGCCAAUCAUCAAUUCCAAUUUGAUAAACCACCUCAAAAGGAUGCAUUAUUUGAUAAAGGUUUUACUGUUGUCGUAAAGGAUGGAUAUUAUGUAUUGGCAUUGAAAGGUAAUACCAAGUUCUGGAAUUCCGCUGUUGACGACAAAGGUGCUUUCAAGAUUUAUAACGAAAAAAUCAAUGAAAAGAGUGAACCUAUUGAACUUAUUAUUUUGAAAGUUGAAAAAGAUGAUAAGAAAUAUUAA